GGGGCCGUUGGCGCGAGAUUCGGUGCAGGGCGGCGUCCCCCAUCGUCGUCGUCGGCUCCCGCGGGGCUCCCGAAGCCGCCGCCGCCGCCGCCGCCUUCCCCUCACGCCACGCGUGACACCUCUACACCUCUACACCGCCACGACUCAGCCUCGUCGUGUCUAGCGCAGCUUCGGAUCAUAUCGCCGCCGCCGCUGCUGCUGUCGCGUGUGGAGGGGGGCGGGGAGUUAACAAAAACGUCGCGAGGAGGAAUGGAGGCGGCGCGGCGGAGGCGGCCGUGAAGCAGCAGCAGCAGCGAGGAGGAGGAGGGGGGGAGAUGGCGCAGCUCCUGAGCGCAGUGAGCUUACAUCAGGGCUUCACGGGGAUAUCGGAGUAUGGCAGCAGCGAUGAUGACGACUGCGACGAGAGUGAGCGCGAUCAGUCGGAGCAGAACCCUGGCCACUCGCGCCGCUCCGGCUUCAAGCCUCGCUGGACCAGGGAGGAGGAUGACCAGCUGAAGAGUAUCGUUGAAAGGUUUGGAGUGAAGGACUGGAAGUUGAUCGCAAGCAACAUGCCGAACCGGUCGGACACUCAGUGCUUGAACCGCUGGCAGAAGGUACUGAGCCCCGAGCUGGUAAAGGGACCGUGGACUAAGGAGGAAGAUCAGAAGGUGAUCGAGCUGGUGCACAAGUACGGCCCCAAGUCCUGGGCCCUCGUCGCCAAGCAGCUGAAAGGGCGCAUCGGCAAGCAGUGCCGUGAGCGCUGGAUCAACCACCUCAACCCUAAGGUGAAGAAGUCAUCGUGGACCGAGAUGGAGGACCGCAUCAUCUACGAAGCUCACAAGAGCUUGGGCAACCGCUGGGCUCUCAUCGCCAAGUUGCUGCCCGGCCGGACGGACAACGCCAUCAAGAACCACUGGAACUCGACCAUGAGGCGGAAGGUGGAGAAGAUGGGCUACCCGACGGAGAACACGGUGCCCGCGGGCCUGGCAGCCGCACCGCAACCGCACGUGCCAUUCGUCCUGAUGUGCCCGUCCUCGCGGAGCGGCUCCACGCUGCAGUGCAUCCAGAUCAGCGACUCGCACUCGCAAUACCCGUUGGUGCUUUACACAAGUGCCACUGCCAGCCAGCAAGUUGAUGGCAUGGAAGUGGACACCGAGCAGCCGGAGCCGAAGCCUGACAUGACGGUGGCGUCCGAGCGGUGCGCCGAGGCCUUGGUUUGCCCACUACCGGUGCCGCAGCCGCAGCAGCUGGAGGAGCUACCGUUGCCCGCGCCGGUGGCCAUGGUCGGGGUAAAGCCGCAAAGCGAGCUGGCUGUGGGUGAGGUGGUGCCGACGACCGAGGACGAGGAGGCCGCAAACCAGCUGGUGCUGGUGGACGGCCCGGAGGGCUUGUCUCCGCUCAAGGCCAUCUCUGAGUUCGCCGACGCGCUGCAGUUCAUCGAGUCGGAAAUGCUUUUCGAUGACUCGACCUCGCUGGGAGAGAUCUAUGAGCUGGCCGAGCUGGUAGAAGAGACGGUCAACCCCAGCGCUGCCCCACAGCCGCCUGUGAUCGAUGCUCAUCCCAGCACGCCCGCCAACUCGAAGCAGCUGCCGCAAAUUACUCCCGAGGCGGAAGUGCCUCUGCUGACGACGCCCACGGUCACCGUCAAGUUCAGCAGCCCUCCCACCAUCCUGAGGCGCAGGAGCGUGCGCGGGGUCAGCCACUCCUCCCCCGCCUUCUCGUCGUCGCUGUUGGACGAGAUGAGCGAACUGCAGGACACUCCCAAAAGCACGCCCCUCAAGAAGCUCUCCUUCUCCCCGUCGCAGUUCCUGAACGUGAAGGUGCAGGACGGCAUCCGCUUGGAUUCGGGCCCGUCGCUCACCUCUACCCCUGUGUGCAGCCACAAGGUGGAGGUGACCACGCCACUGCAGAGGGACCACACGCCGAAGCCCUCCAAGGGUGGUGGCAAAGCCUACCGCACUCUCAACAUCCGGCGCUCCAUCCUGGGACCGCCCCGCACCCCCACGCCGUUCAAGAAAGCGCUGGCAGCCCAGGAGAGCAAGUAUGGCCCCCUCAAGCUGAUGCCUCAGACACCUUCCCAGCUGGAGCAGGACCUGCUGGAGGUGCUGGAGAAGGAUGUGUCCUCGUUGCAGGACACCCCAGGGAGAUUCACCGGCCUCUGUUCGGCCAAAACCGGUAACCCCUGGAAGGCCGACUUUCCCGCCAAGCGUGCUCGCAAGUCGCUGGCCCUCGACAAGAUGGACACUGAGAACUGCUGCCAUGUCCUGCCAACCAACGACCAAGCCGUCGUCAACCCUACCAGCAGCGUAACCAGCACGAGCCGAACGAGGCACAAGAGGAGGGUGAUGGGGGAUGAGGCUGAGGAGAGUCCUCGCCAGCCGCUCACCCCGCUACGCACCUCGCUCCAGGACAACCUCUGCUGCAAGAUGCCCAUCCAGAUGAGCGAGGAGUGGGAGGCCGUGGCGUGCGGCAAGACGGAGGACCAAGUGUUGAUGACGGAGAAGGCUCGCAGGAUCCUGCACACCCUGCCUCCGCGGAGCCUGGUGCUGUGAGCGAGUGCCACCGCACAACCCCCCGUGACUCGUCCGCCCCUCCGUGCGCUUCGAUUGCGACGUCACAGACAUUCGCCCCCCCCCCUUCCCGAUCGGCCGAGUGAGCGUUGACGCGCCAGGAUUUUUUUCCGAAACGGCAGCGACUUUGGUUUCCCCGCCAAAUCCCGCGCCGGCAUUCAUUCUCUAGGUUAAGAUGGUUGUGGGAGUAUUUAAAUGGAGAACCCGGUAGCGGGAUUGUUAACUGUAAGUGUAAUGGGUUCAACUGAGUCGCAGACAUAGACUUGGAGGCAACACAUUUAUUCAGUUCCAACACACGGGGUAACUUCCCCCUUAACAGAAUAACAACCUAUGGUGGUAACCACCAGGCUAACUACACUAGUUACCACGUAACUGCUACUACGGACCGGGACCAACAGCUUUGGCCCGGGUCCACGUGUUGGAGACUCGUUGAACGGAGAACGUAGACGAAGGGUUUCUUCCAGGAUGAACAACAACCCUGGUCCCUCUCGGGGACCCGGCUUAUAUUCUUUGUGGUGUGGACAGCUCUGCCCUUGGCCUCGUCCACCUUCCAGAAUCCUCGGGAAAGAUCUAGGUCCCAAUCAAGUGACCACCCCUAGCCCCCUCUUGGGGCUCCUUUGUCAAUUUAACUUGUCACGUGUCUUUCCGGGUCAACCAGAGUGCCAUGGCCUCACAGAACCUCACCCUUUGGCCGGCACCCACACACCCUGUCCUGUAGGGUCGGCACUGCACGUAAAGCGUGGUGCCAUCACGCGCUAUUAUAUUCAGCGUUCACCGGGCCCCUCUCGCGCCGGUACUACACCCACACCCUUGUGGUAUCCGCGAUGUCGCUACACCGCACGCCGUGCCCCUCUAGGGCCGGCACUGCACCCACCCAGCAUGUUGACAUCCAGCGAUGUCACUACACAAGUAUAAAAAAGUAUAAAGUCGCUAACGUAAAAGGAUUUUAAGGAUUGGCCGUUGGUCGUUAAUGAUCUCAGUGCCGUUUGAAGCGUGUCAAAAAACAUUCCGUGAGUGAUUUCCUGCUCGCAUGAGCGUCGAGGCCGUGCUCUCCUCCUUUUUACAGCCCUGAGCCAGUGGUGGAAAUUCCGCAUUCCAAUGCCGAGGACGUGUCUGUCCCUAGGACGACCGCUACUAACUUUUACCCCCCAAUCAGUUUAUUGAGCCGGGCGGAACCACGUGGGGGAACCGAGUCACCGCUCAACCGGGAUUUGAACUCUCAACCUUCUGCUUGCGAGCCGGUCGCCUUCUCACUGGGUUGUCUGCAGCAAGAGCUCCGUUAUCCGGCAUCCAUGGAGGGUGCCAGUUAAUCAGAUAUGCCGAUUAUUUAUGGUCCACCAAAUUGUCCAAGUACAUGAAACUUUUCAAGAAAACAAAAACAUUAAGCCUACAUUUUAACUAUGAUAUGGGAAAUAACAUCCACUUUUGCAGAGGUACUCACCGGUCCGUUGUGGAGCAUUUUAAGUUGAUUGUAGAGACGCAGUGGGUCCGUUUACAGUACACAUUCGUACAGCCUGCCGCUACCGCCACCACUUGGCAGCGUCCUGAAGCUCCCGUAAACUACAACAACAACAACGGAUCUAUGAGAAGCCCACGGCAAGAUGCCGGAUGGCUGUUGGAGUGUUUCCGGACACUUGAAGGACGAUUUGUGUUGAUGUCCUAUGGCAGACGCUGGUUGUUAGAGCAUUUUGCUGCACGUCUCAACGUAGAGUGGCGGCCUGUGGGUCAAUGCUUGCGUAAGCCGAUGUCGGGCGGCACUGCCGGCGCCGACGGGGAAGGGGAGAUGCGUAAGAGGAAUGGAAAUGUUUUUUUUGGCCACAUGGACGACCCCAUGCACACGAAUGCCCUGCUAAAGCAGCACCUGCUUAAGCCAGUGUUCUUCAUCGCAAGGCCACCGCCGCCCACUGGCGGCGGUGGCCUUUAGCACGGCCCCUCACGUGCGGCCCUUCCCGACACAAUACACAAAUAGUGAACAACGCCCCCCCCCCCACCCCAUCAUCAUCAUCGUGCUGAUGUCACAAACUUCCAAUGGUUUGAAAUGAUGUGGCGGCCCUCACACUGAUGAUGUCUUAUCGGCAAGAGUGCCCCCCUCCCCCCCCACCUCAGAAAAUGAAUGAAGAACACCGGCUUCAGCGCUUGUUUGCGUUGGAGGUGUUUGUUCGAAAUUGAGCAGCGCAUCCUUUAAACACCGAUGUGUAAACCAGCUCGCCAAAUGUAUUUUGUCCCCCCCCACGACACCGGGUCGUCCCAAACCACAGCCUCUCUGCCACGCUCCGUCGUCUCUCCGCAUUCACCAAUUUACUUCUCCCCGUUCGAGUGCAAGUCAAUUCGUCACACGCUGCACGUGCCUGAUGAUUGUUAAACGCGUCUCCCGCGUGGCAAUCGACGCUAUCGCCGUUAUUAAGAGCCGAUUUAAGACUUGAGAUCUCGAGUGUGUGUCGUGUGUGUGUGCGCGUGUUUGUGUGCGCACGUGUUCUACGUGGUGAGCGGUAGUGCAGCCGUUAGCGCACCGCCCUACGAUCCCAGCGACGCGAGUUCACGGCCAACACCAGUGACAAUUAUUUGAAGCGGUCCUGGGCCUUCCGUAGGUCGAGUUGGCAUGUAAACAUCGCCACUUGGGAGAGAGCCAGCCGGGCGCGGUCCUGGCCACCCACCCCCUUGUGCGCUGUGCCGGUAACAGCACUUGCCCCAAUAGUAUGUUAAGGCUACACGGGGGAUAUUGUUAUUUGUGUUCCAUGUGUGCGCAUGCGUGUACACAUGCUACUCGGCGUUGUAGCUCCUCCUGUGAGAGAGUGGUCAGUCCACUGUGAGGACUAUUUGUAUAAAGAUAUUUAGCUUUUUAAUCUAAUAAAAAACAUAACAUUUGUCUGUCUCAAUGCUAGGCACUUUAUUAAAACCAGUUUUAACCGAAAGCAUCUGGCCAAAAGUUUUAGCAAAUGAAAAAUGCACGGAGAGCUUUUCGUAUUUUGCAAACAUGAUAGGACAGCGCCACCUAGCGAUACGAUUUGCUUCGGCAGAUAAUGUCCAUCUUCAGAUGUUUAAUAUCAGAAUUUUUUUUCAAGUAAAACGAAAUAAAAAAUAUUUUGCUUGGCCCUGUGUGGCUCACAAAGUCAAACUCGUAGUCAGUCACUCUGCUUGCUGACAUGGUUCACGCACUCGUGCCCAGCCGUGGGUUAAAUCGCUUGUUUUAACAUCAACAUUGUUUGAGCCCCCUGUCACUUUCUGCGAAACUGUGUGGCCAAAAACUCCAUGCGGGCCGGUGCUGCGGGGCACAUGGUUGGUUGAAGUUCUUUUAAACCAGGGGCCGGAGUGUCCAGAGGAAAAAAACUGCGUAAAUCCUACGAUAGAAGAAGCUGCUGCCUUCAGCCGGGUCUCAAGCUUCUAGCAAGAGAGGGCAGCUGUUGCCGAGCAUCGGGACGUGUCUGCACGCCGGUUGGCCUCGCGCAGUGUAGCUAUGGUGACCAGCUCCCCUGCGGGAUAUUCCGCAAGGCACUCGGCUACAUGUACAAACCCGGUGUGAACCGGUACAUACGUACAUGUGUAUGUAAGUCUACGGAUCUCUGUGUAAGUCUAUGGAUGUUGAACUUCUUUCACAUUGUACAUAGCCAACCAUGCUAAACGGAGGUGCGGGGCAAGGACAACAAACUAAACACAAAAAACUGUUUUUAAUAAAUGAAUUUUCUAUCUAGAUUAUUUUAAAGUGCGUAGCUCCUUCCUAAUAUCGGAAGAGCUGUUCCAGAUGGCUGCAGAAGCGCAUCUGAAAGUGCGUGACGCGGUGAACGUCUUUGUUCGAUAGCCAGCCAAAAGCCACUGCGAGGAUGGGCCGGAGUUCGCGUGAUGGUUUAUGCUCCUUGACGCAAUGAGAGUUUAUCGGCAGGUCGCAUGUGACGAGGGCAAGUGUGGGUACCCAUCUCUUUUUUUUUUUUCCAGGUGAGGCCCGGCCCAACCUGGCCACAAAUGAUAGCGCUCAACAAAGUGGCUUAUCGUGUGGAAAUUUCUAGCAGCCAAAUACUCCAGGCACAUGUUUCUAAAAACCUCUUCCGAGACAUCUGGCCAGCGAGGAAGAGUAGGCCAAAUACCCUCGGGGGGGGGGGGGGGGGUGAUGACUAGAGGAGGCAGUGGCGGGUGAGCAAGACAUGGCUGGGCUUGAACCUUACUUCAACCGUCGUAUAUCCACGCGGUGCCUGCGGGAGUCUUUGUGGAAUUGUGACCUCUCCCUCCUCCCACUCAUUGCAUUCGUUGGCAGUAGCCAAGCGACGCGGCUACCGUUAAACCCCACGUGCUGGAUGCCGGCCACGUGCCCUGGCUAUAAUUAAUCCCGUUUCUGAAGCCAAUAAAACACAUCCCGCCGUCUCCGGAGACCGAUUUGCGUCACGGGAAUGCUUUAUGUCAUGGCCCUUUGCGCCGUAAAAAUAGAUAUGCUGAUGUGUGAAGGGUCCUGAGCAUCAACUCUUUUUAAAAGCAGUGCAGUGUUGGGUUCUCUGUUUUGAGCCCCAGGCACACUUGGUGAAACGAGAGUCCUUGUUCAACCGCCUCCCCUCUCGCCCCCACCUCCCAUUGUUGUCACCCGUUGUUUGCCGCCAGCAUUUGCUCAUUUUUCCCUUAAUGACCACGGCCACCGCCGGGCCCUUCCCUUAGCUCUUCCUGCGAGUCCGCACGGGAGCGAUCGGCUGCUGCCCUGCCAACUUGGUCGCGCGCAAUCAAAUCGGCUCGUCAAAUUGCGGGCGUCCCCCUCCCCGCAACCGGGCAGACGUCGACAGGCGAUUCACAUCGCACAAUUUCAAGAGCGACUUCCAAUCGUGUGGCCUCCGGUGUGGACCCAAACCCCCCCCCCCCCCUCCUCUUCCGUCUCUCGAUCUCUUGAGAAAAUCCCAUCUCAUACAAACGGUGCUGAUGGUUUGGUUUUUUUGGUCUGGCAAAGAGUGCUUUGAAUCGCAUUACUACGCAUCUUGCUGCAUGUAUCCCUCCACUGCGGAGGGUGAUGAGGCCGUGAGCCCGUGCGUGAUGCCCGCCCCGGAGAGAGGUGCGUUUGCUGUUGCUAUCACCUGUUGGCGGUGAUCCCUAUUGGGGCUUAAACUGUGAGCGUCUUUCGUUCGCGGCUUCUUUGAGAAACCGGACGUUGUUCCUCGACCCUCCCCCAGAUGCAGAAUAUUUAUACUGCAGGAUGAAUUCGAUGAGCUAUAAAGCUCUUUUUUUACAGAUGUCCAGUAGUGGCGGGUAGGAACGUUACAACAACAAACAGUACACAAACACGACAGUAGUGCAAAGUACAAGAAAGGUAAACAAAUCGCCCAAACGCAUAGAAAUUAAUCUAAGCCAUCCCCAUCCUACCAGGCAAAGGCCACUUCCAUUGCUUGUUGCCUUUGUUUUCUUCCGACGGUACAACCGAGCCAGCCCGGGUGCGGCUAGGCGAGUGCCAGGUUGCUUUUCCACUGCAGAAACUGAACCGUGCCGCUGACGUCACGCACGACGAACGGACGCGCCGACGAGGCUGCGACGGGGUGCACUCGCGUCACGUUUUGGUGAACUCGUUCUCGGACCCGCCCGUGGCCCUGGUUGGCCCACAAUCCAGACGUCGUGUGAGGCGGGCGGAUUUUGCCGUGCGCGGUGGAACAUGUGGAAUGAGUUGUGUCGCUGGGAUUGGCAGCAAUCGCAGGAAGCGACACUGCGCAAGUUUCUAAAUCCUGUCUACACUUGCGGAUAUAACAACGUAAAACAUUUUAUGUAUUGCAUCCUCCAACGGCCAGUAGCCCCAUGAGAUACAUGUUUGUCUCUUAACAACCUUCACACAAUUAAAAUAGCAGUGCUAACAAUUGUACUUAUUGUGAAUAGUUUACAGAGAGAGGACGCUUUAGGGAUAGACUAUUUUCUGGUAAUGUACUAAGUGGUUCGGGCUAAGAUAGUACUGGAGUGGUAUGACUUUUGCCCAUAUGUUGGUGAGCUGUGUAUUUAAUGCCAUGUGUAGGGGGGCAAUUGUACUGUGUACAGUUAAGGAUAAUGACGCAUGCUGACACGUGUAAGUUAAAAUGUUAAGACUGUGUAUGAGACUUAAGGCAUUUUUUCCCAUUUAAUGAAAUGAUUAUAUAUUGCAAAAUGAUGAACAGUAUGGUUAAAAGUAAAACUUCAUUGUUGAAAAUGGUGA